AUGGCCACGGCCACUGCCUCGCAUUGUUGUCGUGUGUGUAACGGGGCCAUCACAGUGAAAAGCAGACGAAAACUAUUUGUACAAGAAUUUAUGCUUUUGGAAGAAUUAUGUGAGGUCUUAGGCUACAUGCCAUCGGAAAAUGAUAAUGGCUCACAAUAUGCCUGUUAUUUGUGCUGGGGGGCUCUGAGUAAACUCAAGAAAUUGAACAAUGAUUUGGUAGAGAAAUUGAUACGUGAUAGACAAAAUCUGGUGAAAAAACUGAAAGACAAACACAUUUCGAAUUGUUCUUGUGGCAAAGUACAGAAGAAAGCCAUCAACGUUUUUUAA